AUGGAGCAAAACUCGCCGAUCAUGGAGCAAAAUGAAGCAAAGCUCGGAAAACAAAAUGCGCAUAUAAAACCUCCAAAAUUUUCACCCGUGUUGCUAGGAGAUAUUCCUCGUAGCUGUGUAGUUCGCUUUCAUGUGCAGUGUGCGAAGCACCUGGAGCAUUUCACGCCCAUUAUACUCAAUGCGUUUUGCACGCGAACGUUUGAAAAUCAGUUACAGGUGCAUCAAGGGAAACAGGCGAGGAAACCAAGAAAAUCUUCUAUACAAAAAUGCCAAAUUUCCAUUAAACCGCCCGUCCACACCGUUGCCAAUAUUCCGAUCGCAAUCAUAGGUCAACGUCCGACCGACCUGCCCCUUCUCGUACCCACCUUCGAGAUCGGACCAGUACCACCGAACGAGAAUGGUACUGACCGCGAUGACGUCACGCCGAACGUGGCACCGCGCCCGGUCAUGCGCAAACAGCACAGCGAAACUUGCAUGACCACCCCCACAGAUGGUACUAUGCUGUAUUUCGUGCAAGGUUUCGAAUAUAACAAUGGAAAAUUGCAGACGGUCAAGAACAAGUUGUUACGAAAAUCUAGGUGA